AUGGCUAGCGUGAAAGACGAAAAGCGCAAAGCCGAAGACGGCAUCAACGGCCACGAUGCGAAGCGACACAAGACCGUGUCGCCUGAACCAGACUCCGCCGCCGAUGCCUCUUUCUCGACAAUCAACCACGCAGCCUUCCCUGAGAAGCCCGCAGUGGCUGAGGAGCGAAAUGGCGAAAUCUCCUUCCAGGUCGUGAACAAUGACGGCCAGCCCCACUCUCACAUUGUUCUCACUGGCCUUAAGUGCAUAUUUCAGAAGCAGUUGCCCAAAAUGCCGAAGGACUACAUCGCGAGACUUGUAUAUGACCGGACACACUUGAGCAUAGCGAUUGUCAAGCGUCCUCCGGCUGGCAGCUAUGCGGAGACUUCAAACCUGCCAGGUGAGGUCGUGGGAGGCAUCACUUACCGACCGUUCAAAGGGAGGCAGUUUGCGGAGAUCGUCUUCUGCGCGAUCAGCAGCGAUCAGCAAGUUAAGGGAUACGGCGCGCAUCUUAUGAGCCAUCUCAAAGACUACGUCAAGGCGACCAGCGACGUCAUGUACUUCCUUACAUACGCCGACAACUACGCCAUCGGAUAUUUCAAGAAGCAGGGAUUCACGAAAGAGAUAACGCUGGAUAAGCCAAAGUGGAUGGGCUACAUCAAGGACUACGAGGGAGGUACAAUAAUGCAGUGCUCCAUGCUUCCAAAGAUCAGAUACCUUGAAUCGGGCAGGAUGCUGCUCAAGCAAAAGGCUGCUGUUCAUGCCAAGAUUCGAGCAGAGAGCAAGAGCUACGAGAUACAUCAGCCGCCUGCGCAGUGGAAGAAGGCCGACAAGGAGGGCAAGUCCCGUGCCGAGAUCGACCCUCUCGCAAUUCCCGCUAUCAAGGCUACGGGAUGGUCACCGGAAAUGGACGCGCUUGCGAGACAGCCGCGUCGCAACCCAUCACACAGUCUGCUAUUGAGCCUACUGUCCCAGCUUCAGAAUAGCUCGUCUGCAUGGCCAUUUCUUCAACCCGUUAAUGGCGAUGAAGUGCAUGAUUAUUAUGACGUGAUCAAGGAACCAAUGGACUUGUCGUUGAUGGAAAACAAGCUGGAAAAGGAUAAGUACGAGAGCGUUGAAGACUUCGUCAAGGUAAACAGUUCGCAGUUAUCAUUCUCGAUAUCCCCAUGCUAACAUGUGAUUUUGCAGGACGUACUUCUCAUCGUGCGGAACUGCAAGCGGUACAACGCCGAGACCACUCCGUAUGCCAAGGCUGCCAACAAGCUGGAGAAGGAGAUGUGGAAGAAGAUUCGCGAGGUGCCGGAGUGGAGCUAUCUUGAACCUGACAACUUUGAGACGACGAAUCGACAACCGGAGUAG